CGCCAGGCCGCGUCUCUUUUUGCUCCCCUGUGGUCUGAGGGGAGCAUGGAAGCGCAGGGCGAGGGGAGCGGGAGUGGUGUGUUCGAGGGGCAGCGGAGGCUCCCCAGCUCUCACGACACCUGAGAGCGGCCACCACAGCAGCCGUCUGUGGAAGACGUUGGUUUGGCGACACACCAGUGGGUCCUGUCCCACCUCAGGGCAAUGGAAAUCGCGUGGGCUAUCUGUGUGUGCGUGACCCAGAGUCCCCGGCAGACACGAACCGGUUAUGAUGGGCUUGUUCAUAACUAUUAAUAUACAUAAAGUCUCCAACUUCCUCGUGAGGGGAGGUGGAGGGGCAAGCACUCUCUGGCGACCAGUGACAGGACCCGAGAGCAUGACAUGAACCUGUGUCGGGGGAGGUUUAGGUUGGGUAUUAAAAAAAAAAAAAGGUUCUUCUCCCCGGAGGGUGGUUGGGAACUGGAACAGCCUCCCCGGGAAAGUGGCCAUAGCACCGGCCUCACGCAGCCCAAGAAGCGUUUGGACAAUGCUUUCAGGCACAGGGUGUGACUCUUGAGAUUGUUCUGUGCAGGGCCAGGAGGCGGAGUCGAUGAUCCUUGGAACAACAGAAAUGGCCAACCAAGAAGAAGCAGAGAUACAAAUUUCAGAGUUAGAUUUACUCUCUAGCAUGUUUCCUUAUGAGGAAGAGUUUGCUGUGACAGACCAACUGGCUCUAGCUGAACUGAAACACUAUGUUGAAAAUGAGUCUGCAGAGGUGCCAUCUUCAAAAGUUCAGUUCAUACUGAACAUAAAGGCAGAGGUGCCUAAUGCCGCUAUGGUGGAAUUCUCUAUGGCCUGUGCUUUACCAUUUAAAUAUCCGACUGUUCUCCCAGAAAUUACUGUGAGGUCAUCAUUACUAAGCCGCUCUCAGCAGAUUCUCCUGAACUCUGAUCUAAAAACGUAUUUGAUGCAAAACUUCAGUGGCGAGCCCUGCAUGCUGAAUGCGAGAGAAUGGGUUAAGGACCACGCAGCUGCUUACAUCGACAAAGAUCUUUCAUCUUCCUCAAUGACAGCCUCCGAUGCCACGCAGUCACAAGUCACCACGUUCACUCGAUUGUGGAUCUACAGUCAUCACAUUUACAACAAGCAAAAAAGAAAGAAUAUUAUUGACUGGGCCAAGGAGCUCUCUCUGUCAGGGUUUUGCAUGCCAGGGAAACCAGGUGUUGUUUGUGUAGAAGGUUUACAAAGUAGUUGUGAAGAGUUCUGGUCAAGGGUAAGAAGAUUAACAUGGAAAAGAAUUCUUAUUCGGCACAGAGAAGAUGUUUCUUUGGAAGGUGGAGGACAUGCUGAGAUCCAGAAGCAACGAAAGUUCCCCACUUUGGAAGAAAAAUGUUUUGAUGCACAUGGUGCCAGGGGAAAUCAUAUGGAUUUGGGGCAACUAUAUCAUUUUUUAGAAGAAAAAGGAUGUGCUGACAUAUUUCAAAUGUACUUUGGGGUUGAAGGGCAUUGAAGGGGUUGAAGAUCAGCACAGGCCCCAGCACCUACCUUUCUAAUUUAAUCCUCAUAACAGAUUCCUUAGCUUUUCUGCAACAGUUGAUCAGGGAAGGAAUUAAUAUUUCAUGAUUUAUGUGAUGAAUCCAGUUUUCAAUGAAAACAAAUAUCCAGUGAAAUCCCAAAUAAUGAAAAUGACUGUAUGAAUGCUUUAUACACUUCUUUAUACACUUUUUACUAAAGAGAUACCGUAGUGGCUCCACUACAUCUGUUAUUUUAGUUUGAGAAAAAGCAGCAGUUUAGCAAGGAUAGGGCUCCCUUACAGCAUGCUCCAAAACUCUGAAAGGAUCCACAACCUCCUGAGUUCACAAAUUUUCAGUCCUGUAAUAUGAAGUGCGUUAUGCUGCGUGUGUUUUUGAGUUGGGUUUCAACGAAGUUGUAUCAGUGAAUGCUAAUUUUGCGGAUAUUGUAUCUAAACCCCAUGGUAAAAAAACCAGACAUUGGUUUCUUUGGAUUAAAUAUUUUUAUUAAA